CCGAGGUUCAUUUCAUGGGUAUUUGGAAAGGCUGGGUGAGGGAGUGAGUGAGCGAAAGGUGGAGAGUGCUAGGCUUUAAGGUUCACACUCUUUUUAGGCUGGCGGCUGACCUAAGCGUGCGCCCCCCGACGAGAACGAUUUCGACCGUGCGGAGGCUAGUGAAAGCGACUGGAAUGAGAGAAGAAUAAAGUGAGAGCUGAUUUAGGAGUAAAGGAACGACAAGCAGAGGCACCGCGGCGGUAGACACCAGCCAGACAACCGUUAGCUACGGACCGAGAGAGAGAGAAAAGGAAAAAUUAAAAGGAGGACGGUUUGACAUUUGUGUAAGGCGCACAGAGUAACCAAAUUGUGGAAACCUUAGUACACCGGGUAUGGCAGACGCAGACGUCGACUUCCAGACAGGCGAUGCCGGGGCAUCCGCCACCUUCCCCCAGCAGUGCUCGGCGCUGCGCAAGAACGGCUUUGUGGUGCUGAAAGGACGACCCUGCAAGAUCGUGGAGAUGUCCACCUCCAAGACCGGAAAACACGGCCACGCUAAGGUCCACAUGGUUGGUAUUGACAUCUUCAACGGCAAGAAAUAUGAAGAUAUCUGUCCCUCCACCCACAACAUGGACGUACCCAACAUCAAGAGACUGGACUACCAGUUGAUUGGGAUCACGGAUGGUUACCUGUCUCUGCUCCAGGACAGUGGUGAGGUGAGAGAGGACCUGAAGAUGCCAGAGGGAGACAUGGGCAAAGAGAUCGAAACCAAGUAUGACGCUGGAGAGGAGAUUCUGAUCACUGUUCUGUCUGCAAUGAACGAGGAGGCUGCAGUUGCCAUCAAGGCCAUGGCUAAAUAAGACACUACAGGGGUUAACAAGAUGCACUGGAUCUGAAAAAGGAGGGAAUACGGCCAUGUCAAUGCUAUUCUCUCUUUUUCUUUCUUUUUUUCUUUUUCGUCAACUCUCUCCCUCUGUACUUUCUCACCCUUCUCUGGGUAAAAUUGGAAACUAAUUUCAAUAAAUAAUUGGGAAUUGCAAACAGUCAAAA